CACCCCCUCCCCAACAGCCCCCAACUACAGCCGCCGCCGCCGCCGCCGCCGCCUCAAAAUUCAAUAAAAUGAGCUCUUAUUUCGUCAACUCACUGUUCUCCAAAUACAAAACCGGGGAGUCCCUGCGCCCCAAUUACUAUGACUGCGGCUUCGCCCAGGACCUGGGCGGCCGACCCACCGUGGUGUACGGUCCCAGCAGCGGCGGCAGCUUCCAGCACCCGUCACAAAUCCAGGAGUUCUACCACGGGCCGUCAUCGCUGUCCACGGCUCCCUACCAGCAGAACCCGUGCGCCGUGGCGUGCCACGGAGACCCGGGCAACUUCUACAGCUACGAUCCGCUGCAGCGCCAGAGCCUGUUUGGUGCGCAGGACCCAGACCUGGUGCAGUACGCCGACUGCAAGCUCGCCGCCGCUAGCGGCCUGGGCGAGGAGGCCGAGGGCUCGGAACAGAGCCCGUCGCCUACGCAGCUCUUUCCCUGGAUGCGCCCGCAAGCAGCCGCCGGACGCAGGCGAGGCCGACAGACCUACAGCCGCUACCAGACCCUGGAGCUGGAGAAAGAGUUUCUAUUUAAUCCCUAUCUGACUCGCAAGCGGCGGAUCGAGGUAUCGCAUGCGCUGGGACUGACAGAGAGACAGGUCAAAAUCUGGUUCCAGAACCGGAGGAUGAAGUGGAAAAAAGAAAAUAACAAAGACAAGUUCCCCAGCAGCAAAUGCGAGCAGGAGGAGCUGGAGAAACAGAAGCUGGAGCGGGCCCCGGAGGCGGCGGACGAGGGCGAUGCGCAGAAGGGCGAAAAGAAGUAGGCUCCAGCCUGAGACUGCCAGGGCCGGGGCCCCCGGCCCAUCCGCAGGUCCCCCGGCCGCGCCGCCGCCGCCGCCCGCCCCCGCCCGAGCGAGCUCUGGCCCCGCGAGCGGGGCAGAGAGCCGGGCCUCCCGCCGCAGCGUCCCCUGCCGCGCCAGUCCCCGCUAGUGGUAGUAUCUCGUAAUAGCUUCUGUGUGUGAGCUACCGUGGAUCUCCUUCCCUUCUCUUGGGGGCUGGGGGGAAAGAAAAGGAUUUUAAGCAAGGACUCCCUCGCCCAGCGAGGGUGAGCGCCCACGGCCGGGCUGAGACCCUCCCCCCCCCGCCCCCCUCGCCCCUUGUAAAAAGCUUCCUUGUGCAAUGGUCUUUUUUCCUUUGAACGUGCUUCUUUGUAAUGACCGAAGUACCGAUUUCUGCUAAGUUCUCCCAACAACAUGAAACUGCCUAUUCACACCGUAAUUCUUUCUGUCUCCCUUUCUCUCUCUCUCUCUCUCUCUCUCUCUCUCUCUUUCUCUCUCCCUCCCUCCCCCCCUUUCUCUCUCCCCCCCUCUCUCCCCCAUCUCUCGCCGCGUCCUCAUUUCCCCCUCCCAGGUCCUCUAUCCCCGCUGCUCGCUGGUUUUCUCUCUCGCUUCUCUAGCCACCCCCCACUUUGGUUUGACAAUUUCGUCUUAAGUGUUUCUCAAAAGAGAUUACUUUAGUUAGCAUGCGCGCUGUGGGCAAUUGUUAAAAGUGUUCUUAGGUUUACUGUGAAGAGAAUGUAUCCUGUAUCCGUGAAUUGCUUUAUGGGAGGGGGGAGGGGGGCUAAUUAUAUA